AUGCCGGUAAGGAGACCCGCAAAAUUGACGCAUUCGCGUCGCGGAGAAUCGCUUGGGCCGAUAAGGAAAGCAGAUCCAACGAGCGGAGCGACCUUCAACGUUCAAGUUGUCAAAGGAAAGAUGAGUGGCAAAUGUUUGGUUCAUGCGUGUCGUGCCCUAACCAUCGGACUAACCCUGAUGUUCAUUGGAGCAGCAAUGGCUACAGUUGGCUACUACACGAACACCCAUGCCCACGAAUUGCGUGCGAACGGAACUGUGACGCAAUUUCGGUUCAAAAACGAGAACCGCGGCUUGCAUUUGAACAAUUUGUCGUAUUUGGGACCCAUUAUUAUGGGCGUCGGAGGAUUUAUUGUGGUAGCGGCGUGUGUAAUAACUUUCGAAAUGCGGGAUUCAGCGGCAAAAGUCAUGCCCGCGAGACUUGUUGUUGGAGGACAGAACAGUAAAAAUGGCACGAGACCCGUGAAUCGAGGGAGAAGUAUGACCAAAGCUCAAUGGGAACAGCAACUUGGCGUGUUCAGGACUUCGCCAGCAGAGGCUUUGGCAGAGAGAAGAGCAACUACGGCAGCUUUAGUGCACUUUUCGAAGACUUUUGGCUCCCCAAAACCCGUGCCAAUGCGCCGCAUGUCCAAAAGCGAUUCAGUUCCUAACAUAUUCCAAGCUGUUCCUAGCGAGCAUUCACGCGAACAUUCGCCCAUCGUGGAGCACUGCAUGGCGGAAUAUCUCGCGGAGAAGCGUCACAGUCGGCAGCGACGUCGUUCGAGGCCCAGCAACAGUUUGGUGCAACGCAGCACGCGCGACAACUUCCUCCAUCCGUCGACGAUGAUGCAAAUGCACAAAGCGGCAAUCUCCUUUGACGAGUCUGGCGUCAUGUUCGGGCGAAAAGACAGCGAUAUCACGUGUUCGCCGCAAGGCAGUGUCAAAUUUGAUCUCACGCCGCUCGUAAUUAACGAUCAAGAAGUUUACCGGAGUUCGAGACCGAAGCCGCGACGAAGUGACACUGCAAAACGUCACGUACUUUCGCGCCAAAAACCAAUCGAAGACGAGUUGACGGGCGUUCACAAGUAUCACGGGCAACGAAGACGCAGCUCAGCGUUGAGUGACUCGCCAUCGCAUCGCAGAACACGCGUAGCUGGCGUGCAUCGUCAACACAGCAGCGAAUCCCGUGUCAGUGCAGACCCUUCGCCAUCGCCCGAACAAAAAUUCCGCAGUCAAAUCUCCGUUUGCUCGGAACCGCCGCCAAUUCUUUCCUGUCAAUCGAGUAUUGACCCAGUUUUGCCCGAAGAAACGAUCCUGGAUGUCCCCAAAGUCGUCGCACCGGAAGAAGAAAAGAAAACUCCCUCGAAAAAACUUCAUCGAAGCAGCUCCACAAAAAGUUACAAGGAAAAAAAGAAACUCGAAGCACGUAAAAACAAUGAAAUCGCGCGUCUUUUCGCCAUUCAGGCACUCAAACAACGUCUCGAGAACGAACACGAUAUCGAAGUCAUCAGUGAACGCCGCCAAAAAUUCGUUCCUGAAGCGGAAACAGAAGUUUUUAGUAAUUCAGAGUCGGUAACAGUCGAAACUUGCAUCGAAAACAAGAAAACCGCGACGGAAACAGUUAUCAACAUUCCAACAGACGAAAACGAAACAGAGAAAGAAGUGAUCAAAUAAUAGCCACGUGGUCAAUUUUGAGGUUAGAAUCGAAUAAUUUUACAAAACUUCAUGAA